AUAUUACACUGAGGAGUGAGGAGCACAAUUCCUUCCAGGAUCCCAGAAGAUUCGACGUUCCACGGGCUCCGGCGGCGGCAGGAACGCCUCCCGAUUUCGACGGCAGAACUAGAGAGCGAUGGCGCUGACUAACUUCAUCGUGACGGUGGCCGUGGUUGGCGCGGGGGUGCUUCUCUUUACCACCGACAUCCGCAGGUCUGGCGCCCUCUUCCGCCGCAACGCGCGCCAGCUCCGGCUGUGGCUCGAGGAGGACACGGCCUCCGCCGCGUCCAAGUCUGCAAAAGAAGCAGCUCCAAAGAAACUCGACUCGACGGUCCCCAAGGAGAAGCCAAAGGAAGAUAGUCACUGAUUGGAGCUGUUUAUAUGAACGGUAUAACCCCUAUUUGAAGUAUUGCAAGUUCCGUUUUCUACAGUUGCUGCGAUACAAACUUGUAGCUCUCAAGUAAGGUGCACGGCAAGAUUAUGUUUCCGUUUCAACAUCGGCCUCUGUGGAACAGCUAGCUAAAUGUUGGUAUUAUGUCGUGUGCUUAUAUGGAUCUGAAGCACUUCGCUAAUCUACACGUACCUCAAAUCUUGUUGA